AUGAUAUCUCGUCGUCGAGUGCUUCUACGUGCGUCUCUCAGUCGCUAUAUCUCGACACAUGAACAAGUUCUGGAUACGGUCUAUCGACAAUUACUCGAAGUGAACGCAACAGAAGCGUUUCACGUGUCCGAAGCUCAGUCUACAGCGGUCACGAUGGCUACAAAAGGGUACUCCGUGUUUCUGCAUCUCCCUACUGGAGCUGGCAAGAGCUUAGCGUUUCAGGCCCCUGCUCUACUGACUAAACCUGACCAAACGACUCUUGUCGUGUCGCCACUCCUCGCUCUCAUGAACGACCAAGUGGCAUCGCUGAGACGAAAAGGUGUGCUAGCGUGUCACAUCUCAGGAACUGGAAACCAGCGACCAGCUCCGAUAAGUCAACUACUUGCAACUCAGCGACUCGUGUACACGACGCCCGAGUUUUUGCAGAUGAACGACGAGAUGCGACAAUGGGUUCAUGCAGCCAACAAGAACAAGCAGUUGGCUCGGAUCGUACUGGACGAAGCUCAUUGUGUACUCGAGUGGGGCAACUCGUUCCGGCCGUCGUACUUGCAGCUGGGCCACUUCAAGACAAAGUUCUUGAGCGAAGUACCACUGACACUGGCAACGGCGUCCGUCUCGGACAAAGACAUUGCAAAGCUAGCCGAGUUGUUCCAAUUGCAACUGCUGCCAGUGCUCCCUACGGUCAACGACGGACACGGCUUUCUUGACAUGACUCGGCACAAUCAGUUGGUAGUGAUCCAACAAGUCACGGACCGCAAGAAUUUGCGGCUCGAAGUUGUACGGAAGGAGUCAGAUGCUGCACCGCAGAUCGCCAGUCGAGUGGGAACCGAGACGACGAUUGUCUACUGCAUGACGCGGAACGAAGCAGAAACGCUGUGCUUGGCUCUCGUGCGCCUUGGAUGCCACGCAGGUGUUUAUCACGGUGCAUUGCCACAAAAGCGCCGUGAGUUUGUACGCAAGCAGUGGAUGAUGGGUCAUUUGACCAUUAUUUGCGCGACAAGCGCGUUUGGGAUGGGGAUCGAUCGAUCGGACGUGCGGUUUGUGAUACACCACUCGAUUCCGUUAUCCCUUAGCGCAUAUAUGCAACAAGUUGGACGAGGUGGUCGAGACGGUAGACCGGCGACUUGUGUUCUGCUGUAUGCCGAAGCAGACAAGAGUCGAGCAGAUGCGUUGACAACAGGCAGGCUGGACUUUGACGGCACAGGCUCAGGUGCACUGUCGAAUGGAAUUUCUCGAAGAGAAGUAGAAGAGGUGGCGGCCUUUUGCGAGAUGGCCAGCGGAUGUCGAAAGGAGUUGUUGUACUCGCACUUCGAUUUCCACUUUGAUCCGUCUCGAUGUGUCCGGAAUUGCAACUGCGGCGUGCCACUUGAAGCUGCUACUGAAUUGAUGCACUAUGAAGAAGUCAGUGCCAAGCGCAGGGUCAAAGUCGUCGAGGAUGACACGGACGAUGGUAUCCCCAAAGGCGCGAUUGAGUAUCAGUAUCAAAAGAUACUCGCUGAAUCGAAGCGCUUGAGUCUUUCCAAGCGAGAAGCAAUGUCACGCCGUCUUGUUCGGGACGUUCUCGAGGCGCAACCUGUGUCAGAAGAAGAGAUGGCGAGUAUGCGAGGCGUCGGGUCAAUGAAGGCCUCUCGGUACUUCCAUCUGUUCCGCACUCGCUAA